AUGAGCGGCUACUCCCUCGCGCCCUUUGUCCUCCGCCGACCAUGGCUGGCCAAGAUGGUCAUGCCCGCCGCCAACUGGUACGCCAACGCUGCCGGCUACAAGCAGCUUGGCCUGAGAUACGACGAUCUGGUCGAGGAGGAGCGCGAGACCACGCAGAUUGCUCUGAAGCGCCUGUCUCCCAAGGAGUCGUACGACCGUAUCUACCGUAUCCGUCGCUCCGUCCAGUGCAGCUACCAGCACAAGCUGCUCCCCAAGGACCAGUGGACCAAGUCCUCCGAGGAUACCCCGUACCUCACCGACAUCAUCAACCAGGUCGAGGCCGAGCUCGCGGAGAAGGAUGCUCUCGACUCCAUGACCGUCAUUAAGCGACACUAG